GAACUUCAGUUUUUAACUUUUCCUUCAAUAUACUUUUUUUAUGUUGAUUUGAAACUAAUGAAAUGCUACUUUCGACUUGGUGAGGGGAAAAAAAAAAAAGACAAAUGAGAAGAAAAAUAAAUUGGGCAAAAAGCGUAAAGUCACAAUUGUACCCACCCAACCGGGUUUCCGGGUCUCUGUUUUCACCCUCUGAAUCCAAAACGAAAAAAUCCUUCUCUCUGUCAGUUUGAUCGGCCAUUGUUGAGCGCUCUGUAGGAUCAAUUAGGUAUUUUGGUUCAUUUUUGUCAGUAAUUUACCUGAACUGGAGACGUCACAGUUGCAAAUUGGCACAAGAAGAAGCAGUUUUGGAUGAAUUAAACCUCUUCCAAAAGUUGGAGCUUUGGGCAAACGGCAAGCUUACUAUUUCUGAAGCCAUUGUUCAAUUGUUAGUUUCAGUUCAAUUUCAUACAGACCUCAGGUCAACAGGCUGAUGUGGAGGAGCCUCUUGGAGGAAGAGGCAAAUAUUUGUCAUUUUGAUGAUACAGUUUAGUUCUUGCUUAUUUAAAUGUUUGUCAGUAUUCCUCUGCAUCAACCAUUUCAAAUAUUGUGCUGAAGAUGUCUUUGAGCUCAACUGAAGCUAAGGAGUCUAAUCAGGAGAAUUUGUUCCUGGUACACGGCAACAUAUCCAACAAUGGAAGUCCUCGAGAACAAGAGGCUGAUGAAAAAAAGAGUAAACACCAUUAUGGUGAUUGUGACAGGGGUGACAAUGAGAAUGAGUAUGACGAAGAUGAGGAAGAGGAUAUGGAUUUUAAUCCUUUGUUAAAAGAAACUGUCUCUCUAGAGGCUUCUUCAAGUCUGAGCUCAGAAAUCGAAGGUCUGGAUGCUGAUGUGGUUGACAGUGGGGAGAACAUUGCUGAAUCAUUGGGAAUUUGUUGCAAAGAAAGAUUGCCAGAUUUUUCACAGGAUUGUCUCAUUGGAGACAAAGAACUUGGUGAGGAGAUUGUGAUGCAAAAUAGAGCUUCUUCUGAGGCUUGUCCAGAAGGCUUGAAGAAAAUUUCGUCUUCUGAACCUAAGGAGAGAGAAUCCACUCUAGAUACUGAACCUGAAAGUGGAAUUUCAAAUAACAAGAAGACUGUGUUGAGUGGACGGGGUGAUCACGUUGAGGAUCUUUCAGUUGGAGGGUGUAACAAUAUAGCAAAUUCAGUUAGAUCCAUCAUAGAUAUGGAUAAUGAGGAUGCUAUAUGUAAGCGCACUAGAGCACGCUACUCACUUGCUAGCUUUACACUUGAUGAACUUGAGACGUUUCUUCAGGAAACAGAUGACGAGGAUGAUCUUCAGAAUGUCAAUGAUGAAGAAGAGUACAGGAAGUUUCUUGCAGCUGUUUUACACGGUGGAGAUGGAAAUUCUGGAAAUAUACAAGAUAAUGAAAAUGUUGAUGAUGAAGAUGAAGACAAUGAUGCAGAUUUUGAGCUUGAAAUUGAGGAGGCAUUGGAGAGUGACCUUGAUGAACACCUGAAGGAUGAUAUUGAAGAGUAUGAGGCUGUUGGUCGAAGACCUAAGACUAGGCAAACCAGGCGCCAAAGAGCUUCUCUUGAGAACAAGAAGAAGAUUUUAGGAUUGUCAAACAGGCCACUACGCCCUUUGUUACCAUAUCUUCCCAUUUCUCCUUACUCUGUACAUGGUGCAAAAAACAUGAUGCCUCCAUCCAGUCUGCCGUUGGCAAAUGAUGGCUUUGUGAACGGAUUUACUCCCCAUCAGAUAGGACAAUUACAUUGUUUGAUACAUGAGCAUGUUCAACUUCUUAUUCAGGUUUUUGCUGUUUGUGUUCUUGAGCCGGCCAAACGGCACAUUGCUUCUGAUGUUGGGGAGCUGAUUUCCCUCAUGCUUCGUAAACGUGAUGAAGUAUUAGAAAGUAGGCGUGUGCCAUAUCCCAGUUUUUGCUUCUUCUCCCCGUAUGUUUGUCCUUCGGUGUCUGAUGAACCUUUGCAUACUUCGCCUGUCCAAAUUACCGACAAAAUGUCUUCAGCACAUGAUGUGCAGGGAGGCUGCUCGUCCGGACUUAACAUGGUGCAGCCUUUUGAAAGAAUUUCUCCUUCAAGAGGAAGACAUGAAACUAUUACAAAUUAUCAGGUGGGAUGCCCUUUAGGCUCCUGGGUACCUUAUAUAAGUGGUCCAAUACUAUCUGUUCUUGAUGUGGCUCCAAUCAAAUUAGUUAAAGACUUCAUGGAUGACGUUUCUCAUGCCGUGCAAGAUUACCAAUGUCGGCAAGUAGGAGGUUUGAAUGACAGCUGCUCGGAGAAGGAACCCUUGUUUCCUGUGCAAAAUAUUCAUUUUACUGCUGAACCUGAUGGGUGUGCUUCCUUGUUUUCAAACGUUGUACCUCCUUCUUCAUCAAGUUCUCGAAAAUCAAAGAAGACUCUGGCUGCUGUAUUAGUAGAAAAAGCUAAAAAACAGGCAGUUGUUCCUGUUCCAAAAGAGAUUGCUAAGUUAUCUCAGCGCUUCUAUCCUUUGUUUAAUCCUGCUCUGUAUCCCCAUAAGCCACCCCCUGCAGUGGUAGCAAACCGGGUGCUUUUUACUGAUGCGGAGGAUGAACUAUUAGCAUUGGGUUUGAUGGAGUAUAAUACAGAUUGGAAAGCAAUUCAGCAGCGGUAUCUUCCUUGCAAAUCUAAGCAUCAGAUUUUUGUCCGGCAGAAGAAUCGCGCAUCAUCUAAAGCACCUGAUAAUCCAAUAAAGGCUGUUCGGAGGCUGAAAAACUCUCCCUUGACAGCAGAAGAGGUUGCACGUAUUGAAGAGGGCCUGAAGGUGUUCAAGCUUGACUGGAUGUCCGUGUGGAAGUUUAUUGUUCCUUAUAGAGAUCCUUCCUUGUUACCCCGGCAGUGGCGCACUGCUAUUGGAACACAGAAAUCAUAUAUAUCUGAUGCUAGUAAGAAGGCAAAACGUCGGUUGUAUGAAUCAGAGAGAAAAAAACUAAAAUCCGGUGCUUUGGAAACUUGGCAUAUUUCUUCCAGAAAGAAGGAUGAUGUUGCUGACAGCGCUAUUGAAGAAAAUUGUGGUGCAGAUAAUUGUACAGACAGAAAUGAGGAAGCGUAUGUUCACGAGGCUUUUUUGGCAGAUUGGAGGCCUGCUGUAUCCAGCAUCCAAGUGAAUCAUUCUAUGUCAAACCUGGCAGAGAAAAUUCCUCCACUCCAGCUAUUGGGUGUGGAGAGUUCUCAAAUUGCUGAAAAGAUGAAUAACAGUGGUUCUAGAAAUUGGCAAUCCCACAUCUCUAACGAGUUCCCUGUUUCUCUAAGGUCGUCAGAAACUGAGUCCUUUUCGCUGCGAAACGGAGCCCAUAAAUUUAACAAUGGGCAGUUAGUUAAAUUAGCCCCAGGUCUGCCUCCUGUUAAUCUUCCACCAUCUGUUCGAGUAAUGUCUCAGUCGGCUUUCAAAAGCUAUCAUGUUGGAACAUAUCCGAGGGCUUUUGGUGGGGAUGCUUCAACCGGUGAUGGUGUGAGAGACAAUGCAGUCCCAAAAAAUGCAAAUGUUGCAAAGCCAUAUACUAAUUAUUUUGUGAAAGAUAGACCAUUUAACAGUAGUGCUGGGAGGAACAAUAUAAGUACUCAGAAUCUACAGGAAACUGGUGUGUCAAAGGAUAAUAAGAAUGUUGCAGAAGAAAAAGAUGAGUCAGGUCUAAAGAUGCAUCCUUUACUCUUCCGGACCACUGAAGAUGGCCCUUUGCCAUAUUAUCAGUCUAACUCUAGUUUUAGUACAUCCAGUUCGUUCAAUUUCUUUUCAGGUUGUCAACCUAAUCUUAGCCUCUUUCAUCAUCCACGCCAAUCAGCCCAUACUGUUAACUUUCUUGACAAAUCUUCUAAUCCCAGGGAUAAAACUUCAAUAUCAUCUGGUUUUGACUUUCAUCCACUCCUGCAAAGAACUGAUGAUGCAAAUUGUGACUUGGAAGUUGCAUCUGCAGUUGCACGACCCUCUUGUACCUCAGAAACAACAAGAGGAUGGUGCACUCAAGUUCAGAAUUCUGUCGAUUGUAGUUCAAAUGUUGCAUGUUCUAUACCUUCUAGCCCUUUGGCAAAAAGCAAUGAGGUUGACUUGGAGAUGCACUUGAGUUUCACGUCCAGUAAACAGAAAGCCAUUGGGAGCAAAGGGGUGGCUGACCAUUUUAUGGAAAGAUCACCUAAUAGUGCUUCUGGAGAUCAAAAUUCUCUAAACAGUGGAACUCCAAAUAGAACCACCCAGCAUAGUGAUUCAGGUGCCACUGCAAGGAUUUUGUCCAGCGAUGAAGAAACUGGAAAUGGCGGUGAUGAUUUGGAAAACCAGUCUCUUGUAGAAAUUGUGAUGGAGCAGGAAGAGCUUAGUGACUCAGAGGAAGAAAUAGGAGAAAGUGUAGAGUUUGAGUGUGAGGAGAUGGAGGACUCAGAAGGAGAGGAGAUAUUUGAAUCUGAGGAGAUAACCAAUGAUGAAAAUGAGGAGAUGGAUAAAGUUGCAUUGGACGACUCUUAUGAUGAACAUGUACCUAAUACACAUGGUAAUUCGAAAGGAAAUUCCUAUAGCAUUACUGAAGGCCAUGCUACUAGGUUUGAUAAAGCAACGGAUGACCAGCCCAGUUCUCUGUGUUUGAAUUCAAAUCCACCUAGGCCAGUUUCUCCCCAAGUCAAGUCUAAGUCUAAGUCUAGACAUUCCAGUGGUUCUGCUGGCAAACCCCAAGAUCCUACUUGUUCCAAGAGGUCUAGAAAGAAAUCAAGGCGGGACAGAGAUCACCCUACAGUACAGAAGUCUGCUUCUGACAUGCCACAACAGGUCUACCAAUCUUCUGUUGUUUCUUCACACAGGAAUUCCAGGAAACGUGCACGUAGAACAGUUUCAAGGAAAACAGACACAAGCUUGAUUGCUGACACGAAUGAGGAAAGUCCGAACAGUACUAACAAAGCUGAAGUAGGAUGAUUUUGCUUUAAUGAUUGGAAACGAAAGUUGGCUGAUUUAGCUUUUGUAGCCUCUUAAGUCUCAUGGUUGGUAUGGUUCUUGAAUGUGUUAAUUUCAUAUAACAUAUUAGGGCUGGGAGGGUAGUUGGCCCCAUUUUUUUGAAAGUUCUCUUGCUGCUAUGGGAAGGUUCAAGCUCUGCAAGUGCAUAUGUAAUAUUCUAUUCCAGAAAAAAAAGAAAAGGAAAUGAAUGUAUCAUGUAUAUAACGUUAAUUGUUAACUUUUGUUGAAUUCAACAAAUGAAAUUGAAUCAAA